AUGUUGUGUGUGAUACUUCAGCUUCAACAGUAUGUACGCGAAUUUUCGCGAAAGGAGAUUGCUCCCAACGCAGCUCGCUGGGACAAGGAUAAUUCUUUCCCAAAACACCUUCUGCCGCUGAUGGGCAGUUGCGGGCUUCUUGGGCCAACAGCACCAACGGAGCACGGUGGUCUCGGGCUUGAUUUUCUCUCUCAUGUCAUUAUUAUGGAGGAGAUUUCUCGCGCGUCAGCUGGGAUCGGGCUUUCGUACGGGGCACACUCGAAUCUCUGCAUAAACCAGAUUUCCAGAUGGGGUACGACGGAUCAGCAUCAAAGGUUUCUUCCUCCGCUGCUUCGUGGCCAUGCUGUGGGUGCUCUGGCGAUGUCUGAGCCCGAAGCCGGAAGCGAUGUCCUGGGAAUGCGAAGCCAAUCUCGUCCUAACGAGGAUGGAUCCUAUACGGUAAGAGGAUCGAAAAGCUGGAUUACAAACGGCACUUGUGCCGACGUAAUCAUCGUGUACGCCAAGGAUACGACAUUACGGGAAGGCCAGGGCGGCACAAGCACAGGCAGUGGUCCAGCGAGAAAAGUUACCGCUUUCAUUCUUGAAAAGGGAAUGAGCGGGCUCACGAGAGGGAAAAAGCUCGACAAGCUCGGUAUGCGCUGCAGUGAAACAUGCGAGCUCUAUUUUGAUGACGUCCGCGUUCCUCCGGAGAACAUCCUCGGAUCGCCGGGUGAUGGAGCGAAAGUUCUGAUGUCGGGACUUGAUUCAGAGCGUCUAGUCCUCGCUGCAGGGCCCCUCGGAAUAAUGGCGGCGUGCGUGGAUGCAAUUUUGCCGUACAUCAACAGCCGCCGGCAAUUCAAUCAGCCUGUGGCGGAUUUUCAGCUGAUGCAAGGAAAACUGGCGGAUGUCUACUGCACAUUCAUCUCGCAUCGGGCGUUCCUAUACAGCGUCGCGCGCGCUUAUUCAAAAGGAGAUGCCGGUCGAACUGAUUGCGCCGCUGUCAUCUUGUCCUGCGCGGAGAAGGCUACCUUGAUGGCCCUUGACGCUAUUCAGAUGCUCGGCGGUAACGGAUAUACAAAUGAAUAUCCCGUGGCCCGUCUUCUCCGUGACAGCAAACUCUACGAAAUUGGAGCAGGCACCUCUGAAAUUCGGCGUCUGCUCAUCGCGCGAGAACUGAACUCUCGAUUCCGGUCCGGGAUUCUCGACUGGGACUUUUGA